AGGAGAAAGGAUCAGAGCAGCCUCAGUACCAGAGGCUCGGGGUGGAGAGACUGAAGCCAAAGAGUCUCCACAGAUUGAACCAAAAUGCAUCGCACCACCCGCAUCAAAAUUACGGAGCUCAACCCCCAUCUCAUGUGUGUGAUUUGUGGAGGAUAUUUCAUUGAUGCUACCACAAUCAUCGAGUGCCUGCAUUCCUUCUGUAAGACUUGUAUUGUACAUUACUUGGAGACCAGCAAGUAUUGUCCCAUAUGUGAUGUCCAGGUUCACAAAACUAGGCCUCUUUUGAACAUAAGAUCUGAUAAAACUCUCCAGGACAUUGUAUACAAGUUAGUACCAGGUCUUUUCAAAAAUGAAAUGAAAAGAAGAAGAGAUUUUUAUGCUGCUCAUCCAUCUGCUGAUGUUGCCAAUGGCUCUAAUGAAGAUAGGGGAGAAGUUGCAGAUGAAGACAAAAGGAUUAUAACAGAUGAUGAAAUAAUAAGCUUAUCCAUUGAGUUCUUUGACCAAAAUAGAGUUGAACGGAAAGGAAGCAAAGAGAAGGAGAAAGCCAAAGAGGAAGCCAACAACAAAAGAUAUUUACGCUGUCCUGCAGCAAUGACUGUAAUGCACUUAAGGAAGUUUCUCCGGAGCAAAAUGGACAUACCCAAUACUUUUCAGAUUGAUGUCAUGUACGAAGAAGAGCCUUUGAAGGACUACUACACACUAAUGGAUAUAGCCUAUAUUUACACUUGGAGAAGGAAUGGCCCCCUCCCUUUAAAGUACCGUGUGCAACAAACCUGCAAGAGAAUGAAAAUAGGUGGCCAACAGCGAGAUGGUUUGCACAACAGUGGGGACCUGGAAAGUGACUCUGGCAGUGAAAAAGCUGGCAGCCCCAUGGGAGGUGUUCCUUCCACAUCAUCCUGCAUGCUCAGCCCCGGCACUCUGGUGCAAUCUCCCCAUCCCCAGUUUCCCCACAUUUCUAGCACUAUGAACGGAACCAGCGGUAGCUCAAGUGGUAACCACCAUGCCUCCUUUACCAACAGAACCCGGAAAGCAUCCAUCAAUGGUUGCUCUACAACUUCUUCUGGCUGACUGGCAUAAACUCUACUUUCUGACUCUGAAGACUGGGUGCCAAGAUUAUGGCUUUUUUUCUGCUCCAGUCUCUAUGUCUCUAUCAUAUCACACAAUUAAGCUUUAUAGUUGCGAAUUCCACGUGUGUCUAUGCCUGGUGGUUAAUAAUAAGAGAGGAAUAAUGAUUGGGAAUUAAAUGAGAGGUCAAAAGAUGGAUCUUUUUUAUAUUAAACAACCACCACAGCAAACUGUUUCUUAAGGAUUAGCAACAUGGAAAAACAAAGGAUAACAAUCCAAAUAUUUCAAGAGGAUUUUUUGGGACUUCCCAUCAUUAUUCUGUUUCUUAAUUUGGAGUCUGAAAACUGAUGCCUACCACAAACGAAAAUUUUGUAAAUCCAGAUUAAUUUCCUAUAUAUCUUUUGGAUUAUGAAUUAUGGUUCUGCUGUUUUGGGGAAUCUCAUUGAAAACAAGUGAUUUUUUUUCCUUCUCCAACUUGGAAUGAUAAAUGCAGGACCGAAUAUGCAUAAAAAGAUGCGUAUAUGUAGCCACACCACUGUGAAUAACAAUGUAUUUGCUUUAUUAGCCAUUUUGAUUUAUAAUUUUCAUCCACAACAUCUGCGCAACACCGAAGCCAUUGAGAAAUCAGAAAGCAACAAGUGGUAUAGAAGAGAAGGACAUUCUAUGUUCAGAUUUACAUUUGUAUACCUAAAAGCGGGUAUUGCCUUUUAUUUUACUGGCUGGUUUAAAGAAAAAAAAUUGAAAGAAAACAAGGUUUUAAUGGCAUUUUGAAUUUGUGGAAGAACGCCAUAUUAGUGUGUAACAAAAUAGGAAGCAGUAUUGUAUGAUAUAUUUAUAAAGAAAAUAAUUGUGUUUCAUGCAGUAUCGAUUAAGGUGGCUAAGUCUCCAUUGGAUCAGCCCUGACAGAUGCUUUGUGGGACAGGCGUAGGAGUAGUCCUACUAAAGCAGCCACCAGCCUUUUCCUAUGAAAGCAGGAGAGGGAGUUUCCCAUCUCCGUUAACUUUGAAGCAAUUGACAAUAUCAAAAGGAUUUCUUGGGCCUUGUCUGGUUCCCAGGAUUUUUACAUUUAGCCAAUGUAAUUAAUUAAUUGUCUCCAAUGCUGAGGAGGAGUGGGCAAGGGGGCAUUGGACAAAGUGGAGGAACAUGGAAACGACUUGAUUUUAUUCUUGAUAUUAUUCUAGAUUUUAUUCCUUUUACAGGGGAAAGUAAUGGAAUGUGUGGUUAUUUCCCCCCCCCCAGAAACAAAAAGCACAGGAAUGCAUAUAAGAAGCCAUAAAGUAUGCAGGAAUCUUUUUCAUUCAUUCUUUCUAAAGAAAUCAGUACAUUCAAAUGAAGGCUUUUUAACUAAAUUUGUUUUAAUAUAUAUAUAUAUGUAUGUGUAUGGUACAGUACUAACUUGGUUAAGGAUUAACAGGUACAAACGAGUUGCCUGUAAGCAAAAUAGUUUUCUGAAGGUAUCAGAUAUUUUGAGGGGGGUGGGAAAGGAAGGCUUGAAAUUAUAAGUCUUUUGAAUCUCCAAUAUCUUUCAAUUUGUGCUUUGCUUUGGUUAAAAUGUAUGUGUGCUAUGUGUGUUCAUGUGCCCGUUUUUCACUCAUCAGUUACACAUUUGUGAGGGUGUUUAUCCUAUAUGCCUAUUGUUUCAUGUUUGUACAGGGAUAUUGUAGCUAUGUAUUUUGUUGUCUCCAGUCUGCAAAAAAAGGGGAAAAAAGCACAAUUCUAUGCUUUGUCUUGCUUACACUCAUUAAAUCAUUACUUUUACAUAUA